AGGCGCCAUUUUCCCAUUGUAAUUGAGAAGCCUCGGUGCACCGAAAAGCGUGGUCAAAGCAAGGACAGUAAUAAGAAACUACUUUAGAGUGCUAAGAAAGCCGUCGAGGACGAUCCGCCAUCUGUACUCUCCCUCCUACGCACAUGCUUCGAUCUUCUGUCGCGAGAUUUAAACCUGCUCCCUUCAGCCGUAACAAGAGCUUGACUUGCAUCCAGCAGCGUCUAUCGUCAUUUCACCGCCAAUCGUCACUGCAGCAAACACCCCGCGCCGCCCUGGCUCCCUCCACGCAGACGCAAAAAUCUACUCCCUCUCCUCCUCUCCGUUCCUCCUCCGCCAUCAUAGCUUCCCAACGUUCUGAAGCGAUAUCGAGGCAUCUUUCGACCGCUCCGUCUUCUUCUCCCAAACGCACAAUGUCGUACAGCAAACAGCCCUCAGAGUUCCAGCCCCGAAAGGUUGGCGCUCUGCACACCGGGGACUUCAGAUGCUACAUUGAGGACAAGACUGGUACUCCUGUCUCACCGUUCCAUGACAUUCCUCUGUAUGCCAACGAGCAGCAAACCGUUCUGAACAUGGUUGUCGAGAUUCCACGAUGGUCCAAUGCUAAGCUGGAGAUCUCGAAAGAUGAGUUCCUGAAUCCUAUCAAGCAGGAUGUCAAGAAGGGCAAGCUGCGAUUCGUUCGCAACUGCUUUCCUCACAAGGGCUAUCUCUGGAACUAUGGUGCUUUCCCAAGAACCUGGGAAGACCCCAAUGUCGUCCACCCUGAGACCAAGGCCAAGGGCGACAAUGACCCGCUCGAUGUUUGCGAGAUUGGUGAGCUUGUUGGCUUCACUGGGCAGAUCAAGCAAGUCAAGGUCUUGGGUGUCAUGGCACUCUUGGACGAGGAAGAGACUGACUGGAAGAUCAUUGUCAUUGAUAUCCACGACCCACUGGCUCCCAAGUUGAAUGACAUUGAAGAUGUCGAGCGUCACCUGCCUGGCCUUCUCCGGGCCACCAACGAGUGGUUCCGUAUCUACAAGAUCCCAGACGGAAAGCCGGAGAAUCAAUUCGCUUUCAGCGGUGAAUGCAAGAACAAGAAGUACGCCGAGGAGAUCAUCCGUGAGUGUAGCGAUGCGUGGGACCGACUCGUCACUGGAAAGCAACAACCAGGAGGCAUCAACUUGGCCAAUGUUACAAAUCAAGCCUCUCCAGACCGCGUCGACGCCAGCCAGCUUUCCAGAGUCCCACCUGGACAAGAUCUUCCUCCUGCGCCGAUCGAUGGCAGCGUUGACAAGUGGUUCUUCAUUUCCGGUGCGGCUGUUUGAGCAAGAUACUGAUCAUAUCAAACAUUGGCUGAUUGCGUUCAGGUGCUGGAGCUGUGUCCACAGAUUACAUCAAGUGAGCGGUUUAGGGGGGAGCAACUACACAAUUAGACAAAAGUGCACCUAUGUAGCUAGAAUCGAAAGAGAUGUUUCUCGCAUCAGACAAAAUUGGCCUUUUGAACUUCGUCCUGCGGACGGUGAUUAUGCGAAUCCAGUCUUGCUUUCUGAUGUGCUUUUUCCCCC